AUGGAACUCACCUGGUUAUACACACUCCUUUCUCUCCUCCUCCUCUUUCUAGCUUUCAAGUUCUCGUCGGAAAAACGCCGGAACCUCCCACCAAGCCCAGUACCGGCGCUUCCGGUUAUAGGUCAUCUCCACCUCCUGAAACAACCUCUUCACAGAACCUUCCACAAGCUUUCAGAGAAAGCUGGCCCAAUCAUAUCUCUCCGAUUCGGAACCCGAUUGGUUGUUGUUGUGUCUUCGUCGGCGGCGGCAGAGGAGUGUUUCACCACGAACGACAUCGUUCUCGCCAAUCGCCCUCGUUUCACAAGCGGCAAGUACACAGACUACAACUACACCACCAUUUCUGCAUCCCCAUACGGCGACCACUGGCGCAAUCUCCGAAGACUCUGCACACUCGAAAUUUUCUCCGCCAGCCGUCUCAACAUGUCCUUAUCAAUUCGACAAGACGAAAUCAAGCGAUUACUAUACUAUCUAAGUCAAAAUUCAGUCAAUGGCGGUUUCGCGAAGGUUGAUUUGAGGUCAAAAUUAUCGGAGAUGUCAUUCAAUGUGAUUAUGAGGAUGAUUUCAGGAAAGCGAUACUUUGGACAAGAUGAGGGCAAUGAGGAGGCGAAGCAUUUUCGGGGCCUCGUAAGGGAGGUAGUCCGAUACGGCGGUGCAUCGAAUCCGGGAGAUUUCUUGCCGAUUUUACAGUGGAUUGAUUACAAGGGUUUAGAGAAGAAUUUAGCGAAUCUUAGUGAGAAGAUGGACGUGUUUUUACAGGGUCUGCUUGAUGAGAAUAGGCGUGAUAUGAAUAGUAAAAACACCAUGAUCAGUCAUUUGCUUUCUCUGCAACAAUCACAACCAGAGUACUACACUGAUCAAAUUAUCAAAGGGCUUAUGAUG